AUGCACGGAUCUCCCGGGUGCAUUAUCUGGAGAUAUUUGGUUCGACGGCACCAACGGGGAGACGAUGACCCUGACUUGGACUACGACGGCAACGGCGACCCGACAGAUGACUGCCCCUACGACUACCUCGUCGUCAACGGCGUGAAGUACUGCGGCACCUCUGGCCCGACUGGGGUCGUUGCCUUGGAUGGCAACAUCACCUGGGUCUCGGACUAUUCGGUCGACGGCCCGUGCCCGCUCACCGACGGCGCCGCCUGCGCCACCUCGCCAAACUACCCGGACAAGUACGGCCCUUACGAGCGGUGCGAGUUCACCAAUGUGCCGCCCAACCCGCUGGUCUCCCUCGCCUUCGACGUGGAGCCUGGCGCCGAUUGCUCCUACGACUACCUCGUCGUCAACGGCGUGAGGUACUGCGGCAUCUCUGGCCCGUCUGGGGUCGUUCCCUUGGAUGGCAACCUCACCUGGGUCUCGGACCAUUCGGUCGACGGCCCGUGCCCGCUCACCGACGGCGGCGCGUGCGCCACCUCGCCACACUACCCGGACAAGUACGGCCCUGAGGAGUGGUGCGAGUUCACCAAUGUGCCGCCCAACCCGUUGGUCUCCCUCACCUUCGACGUGCAGGGAGACUAUAGCCCUUACAACGACUACGACGGGAACGGCGACCCCACAGACGACUGCUACUACGACUACCUCAUCGUCAACGGCGUGAG